AUGAUACAGAAUUUAAUUGUGUUAUCUGGUGGUGUGAUAAAUCAUAAAUUACAAAGGAAGGAAAUUGAUAAAAGCAAUGAUAUGUUAAUGAAGCAAGCAAUUGAUAAUCAACAAUUGAAUCGCCGUAAAAUUCAUGAACAAGAAUCGAAUUCACAUAUUACCAUGAAUGCUAUUUCGCUAUAUUCUUCACAAUAUGGUGUAAUUAUGAUUGAAAAUAUUGUUGGUGAAGAUCCGAUUGUGACACGUCAACGAUUCAUACCACCAAAAAAUAUCGGUCAAUUUUUAGGAAAACAAAAAAAAAGUAUCGACUAA